CAGCAAGUUCAAGACCAAGGUACCUCCAACCACCAUCCGUCACUAAUUCGCAAUGGCCCAACGUGUGACGCUCCGCAAGCGCAACCCUUACAACACCACCUCCAACCGCCGACGGGUAGUGAAGACGCCAGGUGGCAAGCUCGUCUACCACCACAUCAAAAAGCUCGCGACCGCGCCCAAGUGCGGCGACUGCGGGAUCGCGCUGCCUGGUGUUAUUGCGCUCCGUCCGCGUCAAUACGCGACCGUCUCGAAGACGAAGAAGACCGUGCGCCGGGCAUACGGCGGCUCGAGAUGUGGUGACUGUGUGAAGCAGCGCAUCCUUCGGGCAUUCCUCGUCGAAGAGGCGAAGAUUGUCAAGAAGGUCAUCAAGUCGCAGCAGAAGCCCGGCAGGAAGUAGAGUGCUCCUCCUCGUGGUCUCCUUGUCUACUACCUUUAUGAUGCGCGGGAAGCGCUCCUUCGCUAGUCUUUCGGCUGUCCGUUGUCUGCCAUGCACGCAUGUAUACUGCUUACCCUCAUGACCAACAAAGCCACGACCGAUGAGGUCCGUAUGCGGUA